GUAAGCGUAACGUUGUUUAUGAGAAUCACAUCAAUGUUUACAUUGAAUUGAUUUGAAUUUGUUAUCAAAUUUUGGCACAAAUUGUUAAUCAAACCAAAAGAGAUGUUAUUUUACUUAAUAUUGUUUUUAAUUGCAAUCGUUUUAAUUGUUUACAAAUACUUGUAUUCAAACAAAUCGUAUGAUUUGAAAGCGAAACACGUGUUGAUAACGGGCGGCACGAAAGGGAUCGGCUAUUCGGUGGCGGUGUUGGCCAUCGAGAGCGGCGCCAAUGUGUCGAUCAUUGCCAGGAAUGCCGAAGACCUCGAGACCACGAAAAUGGCUUUACUUAAGAAGUGCUCAUCAAAUGAAUUGAAACAAAAAGUGUUGACCUUUUCAUUGGACGUCACUUCAGAUUAUUAUGACAUCGAGAAGACUGUCACCGAAGCGGAGGCCGUUUGCGGACCCAUUAAUGCCCUCUUCUGUUGCGCCGGAACUGCUGUCAGUCUUCGCUUCGAAGAGACACCCAUUGAUGAGUUCAAGCGAAUGGUAGACAUUAACUAUUUGGGAACCGUUAAUGUGAUAAAGGCUUGUCUGCCAUCCAUGAAGUCGACCGGAAAGGGAGGCAAUAUUGUCUUGUUUUCAUCCAUUGCCGGAGUGUUUGGUCUCUACGGCUAUUCGGCGUACUCUCCGUCCAAGUUUGCGAUCGUCGGGUUAGCCCAGUGUCUGGCAAUGGAGUUGAAGACAUACAACAUCUCUGUGUGUGUGUCAUACCCUCCGGACACCGACACCCCUGGCUUUGAACAUGAACAAAUCACUAAACCCAUCGAAACUAAGCUCAUAUCAGAUGCGGGCGGUCUUUACUCUCCCGAUAUUGUGGCCAAACAUACAAUGAUUGACGCAAUGUCGGGCAAAUUUCACUCAACGGUUGGUUUUGAGAGUUGGAUGAUUAGGACACUGUGUUGUGGUAUGAGUCCCAUCACAUCCACACUCGACGCUGUUCUUCAGGUGUUGUCGAUGGGUUUGUUCCGAAUCGUUGGCCUUAUAUUCCUUCGUAAAUGCGAUUCUAUUAUAAAGAAAUGCUCUCAAGAGAAACAACUCAACAAAAAAAGCCAAUAAUUGUUUGAAAUCAUUAUUUAUUUGGCGUUUAUUUAUUGAUUUGUGGGUUAAAUCUCAACACAAAAUAUGACAUUAAUUAUAAAGAAUACAAUUUUAUGAAUGC